CGCGCGCGCCAACCGUCGGUAUUUGAAUCCGCAGCGGGCGAACGGGCUCCCGGAUUCCGCGCCUCCCGCUCCCUCGGUUUCGUGUGGCCGCCAGCAGAAUGAGUCUGCAGAUCUACAAUGAUGAAAACGUCACUGCUGACAAAAGUGCAGAGAACUGUGAGUUCCUGUUUUCACCGCCGGAACUUACCGGAAGACUAUCUGUUCUUCGUCUGUCACAGAAAGAAAAUGUGCCACCCAAGAGCGUACUCAAAGCUAUGAAAGUGACUUUCCAGACUCCUCUGCGGGACCCACAGACACACCGGAUAUUGAGUCCUAGCAUGAGCAGCAAGCUCGAGGCUCCUUUUGCUCUGGAGGAUACUGUUGGCUUAGAAAAUUCUCCUCAAAACCAGACCCAGAAAGAGAACCAACAGUUCGCCAAGGAAGUGGACACCAAAAUGACCAAUGGAAUUCUCCACAAACCAAUGAUGGCCAAUGCCAUCCCCGCUCCAGCAGAUGUGAGAGCAACCCCUGAAGAUUGGCAGCAUUCAAGUGGGCCCACCUCAGCUCACCUGGCCAGUCUGGAUCCCUCAAGCUCUCCCCAGAUGCCAAAACAUCUUGAAAAUCAAGUGGCUUCUCUAGGACAAAUGACUGUGAGCCCCGAGCAAGCCUUGGAGGAAAGUGUUCAUUCUUAUUUCUCAGAAAAGAGUAUUCCCUCCACCUUGGAAAUCACAGAAGACCCUUCCCAGAUGGCUACCCCAGACCAAACAGAAGACCCUCCCGAAGCCACCAGAGAAAGCCCAAACUGGGUGGCUGCUUUGCCCCCUAUGACUCACCCUGCAGGAGCAGGUGGAGAAGGGUCCCCUGUAGACCUGCCUGGUGAGGCCCCGGCCGGCCCUGAAGAGCCCUCUGGUCAUGGGGAUGCCACGCUGGCCAGCCAUCUGAAGGCUGGAGGGGCCACAGCCCCAAGUCCUCAGAAGAAAGAAGCUGAUGGCCAGAGAGCCACCACGUGGAAUGGCAGGCCCAUAGAGCUAGAAUUUGAUUUAUCUGACAAUGCUACCAGCAAAACAUUGCCUGCACUGAGGGAAUUGGGGACGAGACCUAGCCCUAAACCUUCCCCUAGGAUGUCAGAGCCACGGCAAGAAAAGGCCCCUGAGGAGGCCAGUGAGGGGCCCCUUCCCCUGCCCCAGAGGUCUUCCAGCCUGGACUGGAACAAGCUGGAUGACCCAAACUUUAACCCAUUUGAAGGAGGAGAGGCCCAGCCCUCAGAAUGCCCACAGAGCAGGCCAGCCAGGCCUGUGGCCAAGGAGGUGUCUGCUAGUCGCGAGGCCAUGGGGCCCUCCUCUUCGAGCCUGCAGGUGCCUUCAUUCUCCUCGGAUGACACGCCUGGGGUGCAGACCGCAGCCAGGACCCCAGGUGCAGCAGGCAAGGAGGGAGCUGCAGACCCUGCAGGUGCACCAACCUCCAGGGGUGGCCUGGGCGGUGAGCCAGCACCCCCUACUCCACGGGGCCUGGAGCCCACCACAGAGCUGGCUGAGGAGCAGUUCCGAGACCCCACUGAGGUUCUAGGCUCAGGAGCUGAGGUGGAUUAUCUGGAGCAGUUUGGGGGUUCCUCGUUUAAGGAGUCAGCCCUGAGAAAACAGUCUUUGUACCUCAAGUUUGACCCGCUCCUAAAGGACAGCCCUCAGAGACCAGGGCCUGUGGCUCCAGAGACCAGCAGUGCACAGGAUGUGGCCGUGCCUUCCUCAGGAAACUUGCCAGAGGCGAAGCUCGUGGAACUUGACUUCCUGGGACCCCCAGGUGCUCCCAUGCUGGAUCCCCCUCCCUGUGUCUUUGGGCCUGGGGGGCCACCACUGUCCAUGGGCUCCAUCGUGGACGUGUUGCAGUACAGCCAGAAGGACCUGGAUGCAGCGGUGGAGACUACACGAGAGGAGAAUGUGCUGCUGAGGAGCCAGUGUGAGACGCUGCGCGCCAGGAACCUGGAGAUGGGGAAGAUCAUGGAUGGCUUUGAGGGAAUCGUGUACCAGGCGAUGGAGGAGGCUCAGAAGCAGAAGGAACUUGCAAAAGCAGAGAUCCAGAAGAUCCUAAAGGAAAAAGAGCAGCUGACUGCAGACCUGAGCUCCAUGGAAAAGUCUUUCUCUGACCUCUUCAAACGGUUUGAGAAACAGAAGGAGGUGAUCGAGGGUUACCGCAAGAAUGAAGAGUCGCUGAAGAAAUGUGUGGAGGGUUACAUUGCAAGGAUAGAGAAGGAGGGCCAGCGGUACCAGGCCCUGAAGGCCCAUGCGGAAGAGAAGCUCCAACUGGCUAGCGAGGAGAUUGCCCAGGUGCGCAGCAAGGCCCAAGCAGAGUCCUUGGCCUUCCAGGCCAGCCUGAGGAAGGAGCAGAUGCGCAUCCACUCGCUGGAGAAGACAGUGGAGCAAAAGACUAAGGAAAAUGAGGAACUGACCCGGAUCUGUGAUGACCUCAUCUCCAAGAUGGAGAAGAUCUGACACACCCCUGCCCCAUCUUUUUGUGUGUGUGUGUGUAUGUGCGUGUGUGUGCGCGCGCGUGUGUGCGUGUGCACGCAUGCCUGUCUGUCUAUGGAAGUUUCCCUGUUCUUCUCUCUUGAUCUCUCGUUUUUAAACUAGACUGCUUUAAAAAGAAGAGUAAAUAAAGAUUGCCUUUGGUUCAA